AUGCCAAUUCCUCUCAAGAGCCAUGCUUCCUGGCUAGUUUUACUAUUCCUGUCUAAUGCCGUUGUACCGACAAGCGGCGACACGCUGUCAGGGCUUUCAGCGUAUCCAGACUGUGCGAAGCCUUGUAUCAUUUCGGCGACUCAAGGUGGCAUUUGUGGCCUUGAUAAUCAAGCCUGUAUAUGUAGCAGUGCAGAAUUUUCGGCCAAUGUCACCUCGUGUGUUGAGACAAGAUGCACAAUAACAGACUCUUUAGUCGUUCAGAAUAUAAGCCGUGUCGAUUGCGAUGAGACACCUCGAGAUCGGUCGAAUGAGUUGAAGGUCGCCACGAUCACUGUUGGGACUGUCGCCGGGCUAUUUGUCAUGCUUCGCCUUGGAUACAAGCUGAUGAUAUCUAAUGUGGCUCUCGCCAUGGAUGACUGGUUAACACUCGCUACCAUGAUCGUCGUGAUACCAAAUUUGAUUAUCACCAUCAACGGAACGAUACCAAAUGGACUCGGUAGGGACAUUUGGACCCUCACACCGGAUCAGAUUACGACCGUUAUAAGAUUUUUCUUCACAACGGCCGUUCUAUACUUCGCAUUAACGACACUUGUGAAGCUAUUAUUCCUCAGUUUCUACCUCAAGGUCUUCCCGACUCGCGUCGUUCAACAGAUUCUGUGGGGAACCUUUACAGUAACAGCUUUAUGGGGGGUUGGGUUUGUGUUCCUUACUAUUUUCCAAUGCCAGCCGAUAUCUUACUUCUGGCAGAAGUGGGAUGGACUGCAUGAUGGGACAUGUUUAGAUGCAAAUACCAUUGCUUGGGCCAAUGCGGCGUCCGGUAUCGCUCUGGACGUGUGGAUUCUUGCUAUCCCGUUAUUACAGCUCAGGAAAUUGCAAUUGAAGUGGAAGAAGAAGAUUGGAGUUGUUCUAAUGUUUCUCGUGGGAGCAUUUGUAACAAUCAUUAGCAUUCUACGCCUAAAGUCACUUGUCACCUUCGCGAUGUCAUCGAAUGCCACUUGGGAUUACUUUGAUGUCACUAUGUGGUCGAUAAUAGAGAUAUCUGUCGGAAUUAUGUGCGCAUGCCUCCCUACGGUCCGCCUGCUCCUUGUCAGAAUGUUCCCGGCUUUGAGCGACAGCCAUUCCCGGAGUUUAGGCCAAACAGAUCAUCAAUAUGCAAGUGGAGCACGUUCGAGACAUCGGAGUACUGCGGGAAAUACAAUCCAGGGGGCUGGUGCAUCAAAACUUGGCCGAAAUAGCUCCCCAAAGGAUGGAUUGUCUGGAAUUAUGUUGCAAAAGGCGUAUUCAGUUCACUACACUGAAGUUGAGGAUAGGGGCUCGGUUGCACUCAGCGAUAGUGGACUUUUAAGAAGCGAGCGUGACAUGGCGAGAAAAUCGUAG